AUGUCACCCGGCAGGUUCUCCAAGAGAGGCUGCGGGAGGCCCCGGCAGGACCGACCUGGCCACAGCCUGGCAGAGGUGCCCGAGGAGAUCCCAGCCCACGCGCGGUCACCGCAGCCCGAUGCCCGACAGCCGGAGGUGGAACAGGAAGCCGCUCGGGCUCCAUCUCCACUUUCGUGCCUCCCUCGCCCAUUCCUGCUCCGGUUCACGUGUUUGGCCACGACCAUAGCCAAAUACUCCUAUGUGAAGUCCACCAAACUCGUGCCCAAGGGAACCAAGGCCAAGAGUGAGAAGAAAAAGAGCAAAGAGAAGAGAAAAAGAGGAGCAGAUGAAGAAACUCAGCUUGAUAUUGUUGGAAUAUGGUGGAUAGUAACAAACUUUGGUGAGAUUUCAGGAACCUUAGCAAUUGAAAUGGAUAAAAGAACCUACAUACAUGCACUUGACAAUGGACUUUUUACACUAGGAGCUUCACAUAAAGAAGCUGAUGAGGGCCCUAGUCCUCCAGAGCAGUUUACAGCUGUCAAAUUGUCUGAUUCCAGAAUUGCCCUGAAAUCUGGCUAUGGAAAAAACCUAUGUAUAAAUUCAGACGGACUUGUUGGGCGUGCAGAUGCAGUUGGACUUAGAGAGCAGUGUGAACCCAUCUUACAAGAUGGGAAAAUGGCUUUACUGGCCUCCAAUAGCUGUUUUAUUAGAUGCAAUGAAGCAAGUGAUAUAGAAGAAAAAAGUAAAACGGCAGGAAAAGAAGAAAUUAUAAAGAUCAGAUCCUGUGCCGAAAGAGAAACCAAGAAAAAAGAUGAUAUUCCAGAAGAAGACAAAUGA